AUGUCUUCUUUCCUUAUUUCUGUUCAUCCAUUAGCUUCAAUUCUUCGUCCAUCCAUUCAAAAUACUGUAAAUGAUGCCACAUAUUGUCAGGAAAGUGCCUUCGAAAUAAAAGGAAUGCUAUCUGACAUCGGAAGUCAAUUCCAAAAUAUUACUCGUCAAAAACGUGACGAAGUUGACGAUUUCCUUCGGGAAACCGGACAAUCUGCCCAUGAAAGAGUAUGUGAAUGUCGUCAUCCGCAAGGACCACCAGGUCUAUCUGGAAGAGAUGGAUUACCUGGACCAAAAGGAUCGGAAGGUGCUCCAGGACUACCUGCACGUCUUCCAUGUGAACCACCAGUGGAUUACAAAUCGUUGUGUGCUGACCCUUGUCCGAGAGGAAUUCAAGGAACGACUGGAAUUACGGGAAUCAAAGGAGACACGGGUAAAACAGGAAUUCCUGGCAAGAACGGAAUUCGAGGUGAAAAUGGAAAAAUGGGUCAGAAAGGACCAAUUGGACCACAAGGAAUCUCUGGAUUGGAUGGUGAAAUGGGUGAUCCUGGAGCAGAUGCCACUCCUAAACCAUUCAUUCCUGGACCAGCGGGACCAAUCGGAGAAGAAGGAGAAUUCGGACCACCUGGACCGUCUGGAAUGCCUGGAAUUGAUGGACCAAUGGGAGCACAAGGACCACGUGGGAAGAAAGGAAAGCCUGGAUUCCCUGGAAAUGAUGGAGCUGCUGGAGCAGAAGGACUUAUUGGCGAGAGAGGAGAGGAAGGAAAGAGAGGGGUUUGUCCAACGUACUGCGCAACAGAUGGUGGAGUAUUCUUCGUUCAGCCUCCAGAUUGGAUGCUUCAGUGA